GCAUGUCUUACCCGGUACCAUUCCUUCAGCAGCUCCUUUCACAAGUUCUUUUGCACCCGCGGACGGGUAGAAAGUCAAAGAAAGGGUCCUGCUAGCGCUCCAAACCGAAAAUUCGAACCAACUACACGGUGAACAGCUAUGGGCGCAUUUCUGUUCCAUCCCGAGAAAACGCACUCGGACCAUCGCUUUUACCAAAAGCCACAGUCAGAUCUCAGUAGUUUUUACCAACGGGGUGAUAGAGUAUGAAGUGCCAGCGAUAGAGAAGAGUUAUGCAGGAACCAAUUGGAAUCGGUCAAACCAUCUCGCUUGCGGAAUCAAUCUAUCUUAAGCCAAUAGAAAGUAGGGACAGAAAGGAAGGUGCACGCAAUGAAAUGAUGCAUCCAAACCGGUUGUGGUUACCGAUACAGUUGGUUACAUCAAUAGGCCAGGAUUGCAAAAUUCCCCAUCAUCAAAAACAUCGCUGCACAUCAAUAGCCACAGAAAGCGGUGUCCGAAGUAGCAGACCCAGCAGCACACCGGUAAUUAAGUACCGGUGGGGGACGCUGUGAGGAUCAGCUAAAGAGUGCUUACAAUGCUUGCCAGCCCAGAGAUAAGAAGUGUAAAUAUAACAAUAAAUUACAAAUGUUACGUAGAUGGCAAAUAAUGAAAGCAGAACGACGACGAUGAUGGUGAAGCGAAGAGGAAUGCACAUAAAAGCGUAGUAGGAAUGUAUCGAAUGGCGGAGUAGUGUCAACCGGCAAUGCUGCGGAUUGCUUUCCGCGGCGAAACCGGUGCCACCUCUCUCGACGAACUGACCCGGGCAAACUCUGGAAGAUGUGAUAAUUCUAUUUGUACUAAAUUUGUGCUAACUUUGUGUACCGAGCGUAUGAAAAGUAAGAGUGGGGGAAUCGUGGAAUCCAUAAUUCGUAAGCGCACCGUGUGGGAGUAAGAAGUAAUAAUAAUAAAUCAACAAACGGCAACAGUAAAAGACGUGCCCGAGGAAGAGUGAAAUGGUGGGUGGUUGCGGUAUGCGUAGGUGCGUGCGUGCGUGCGUAUAUAAUUGGUGGCUAGAAUUAAAUUCUCGAACAGCGGCGAAUUAGACGAUACCAUGGACCAUGUAGCGCUUCCCCUCCCAACUAGGCAACACGAAGGAAGCAGUUUUGGAUUAUCAAAGUAACAUCAGGGUGCAUUAUCGUCGUCAGGCAAAAGGCGGGGUAUGUUAGUGGGGACUGUGCAGGGUAAUAGCUUUCCACUGGUGAUAGCUUCACAUUGAUAGCGCUCUAUACUAAAUGCUGUCCCGAAAUUGGUCAAAAACAACACUCCUUUGGUCUCCACUCGCACAGCUGUGGGGGCAUCUUCUUCCAUUGCACCUUCAAUCAUUCGAUCGGCACGUUAUUGUGUGCCGUACAUGUAGAACGUAAGUGAGCCGAAUCAUUCCCCUCUCAGGAUCCCGUAAAUGCUUCCACCGUUUUCGACUUCACCGUUCUUUGUACUUCAUUUCAAAUCGGAACGCUCAAUGGUGGAAGUGGAUGCUUUGAAUGGGCAAUUGAAUCAUGCACGCCCUCCGCCGUGGCACAGUAACGGCUUCCCGAGCACUAACCAUCGUUUUAAUGCCGCCUUCAUGAUUCGCCUGAUCGGAUCGGAACUGUGCUAUUUUGGUUCUAGAAAUUUAGAAGAAGUUGAAGAUCGUAGGGUUGGGAUUGGUAAGUUCCUUAUACUGUAAAGUAACGUAACAACCCGGCAGGCAUUGCUUGUCAAGGAUAUAUGGCCUUUGGUCGGGGAAUCAUGGGAGCAGCGCAGCGCAAGUGAGCGGGUCGCAUAUUAAUGAAGUGCGCGUACCAAGCGUGAGCCGUUCGAUUGUAUAAUGUUCCACGAUGCAAAAAAGGGACACGGCACAAUAUAAUUAAUAUCUCGUAUUCCCCUUCUGUGCGACCACAUGCAACCCAAAGCCCCAAUCACUCACCGAAACGUCCGGUAAUCGGUUUAAGAAAGCAUCAAACACUAAGCGCAAACUAUAGCCACACUUACAAUUACGAUUUAAUGAAAAGUCAGCUUGCUUUUGAAGCUAGUGCAGCGACGGGCCAGUUGGUGGACAGUGAGGGGGUUUCCGUUCCGGAACAGUGCGAGUCAUUAUUGCAACGAGCGAAUUGAUUAUAUCCGGAGCUUCUUCCGUCGAGGAAGAGGUCGAUUGCGAGAGGUGUUGCAAAAUGGUGGUGCGCCGCGGCGUGCGCAAACCGUGCCAGAGAGUGAGUGAAAACAUCGUGGAUUUUAACCGGAGAGGAAAAAUAAAGUAUCAAAGAAUGGAUGCAACGCUGCGAGAUUGGCGAUCGUGAA